AGCAGGCAGGUCCGGCAGACAGCGGUGGUCAGGGCCAGGCACGAUGGGCUCUGUCUGGGGCCUGGCUGUGCCCCUCCUUGUCUUCUGCUGGAAGGUUGGCGUCAGUGUGAGCUCUCCAGGUCUCGACAUUAGCAGAUCAGUUCCUUUGGUGACAACCAACAACAUGGAAGUGUCCACCUUCACUCAAAGGGACAGGCCCAGCUCAGAGAGAGCUUUCCAGACCACCAACCUGAUUCAGUAUGUACCUCUAGACACGCAAACUCUCAGCACUGAAUCUGCUUCUAAUGCUUUAAGUGCAACUAGUAUCAGUUCAGAGGUCAAUUCCAGAGACACUCAGACCACCUCUUUUGUAACAAAGACCAGGAAGACACAUACUACCACUCCUGCAGCAUCAUCCCUAGAGGCCCAGACCACCUCUCCUAAUUUGUCAACCCUGAAUAUUCAGAUUACCUCCCCAAUAGCAUCGUCCCUGGAUGCUCAGACCAUUUUUCCUGUAUCAUUAUCCCUGAGUACCCAGACCACUUCUCCUGCACCAUCAUUCCUGGAUACCCAAACCACUUCCCCUGAACCAUCAUCUCUGACCACUUCCCCUGCACCAUCAUCUCUGAUCACUUCUCCUACUCCAUCAUCUCUAACUACAUCCCCUGCACCAUCAUUCCUGGAUACCCAGACCACUUCCCCUGCACCAUCAUCUCUGACCACUUCCCCUGCACCAUCAUCCCUAGAUACCCAGACCAUCUCACCUAUUGAAUUGACCCUAAAGACCCAAACCAUUUCCACUGUAACGGAGACCAGAACGGUUUCAAUAAGAAUACCUUCUGACCUCACGGUUAUGCACACCAUCCCUACAGAGACAUUGGCACCAAGCAACAGCCCCAGAACUGGGAUGAGCACUGUCCAAACUGGCACAGUGUGGGACUCCAUAGAAGCCGUCUUUGACACCCUUUGUACCGAUGACAGCUCUGAAGAGGCAAGGAAGAUCACAGUUGACCUCCUGACGUUGGCACACACCUCCACGGAAGUGGAGUACCUGUCUUCAGAGAGCAGCUCUUCCUCUGACAGUUCAGCUGGGGUCCUCAGCAGCUCACGAGUCCUGGGACCCGACAGUGCAACUCCAGCCAAGGGGUUGGUUGCCUUCAACAUCACUCAUAUUAAACUCAGCAACUGCAUCACAGAAAUAGAAACAACCAUCACCAUCUCUGGGGCCCCAGGCGCGAGCCUCAGCCCUACAGAAGCGACGGCAGCUUUGUUCACUUCUGAGAUAUUAACUUUGCCUCCACCCACUGAGGCAAAACCAAUUUUCCCCGAGACCACAAGCUUAUCUGGGAUCCUGUCAACUGCUGGCACCCCGGCCCUUGCCACCACCCUUGAGGGGACAGUCUCCACUAGUGCAAUCACAGAAAGCGAAACAGCAGUGGCCCAGACUCUUACCUCUGUUGGAACUUCGGUGACAGUUAGAAGGAACCCCCUGGAAAACACUUCAACACUCUCUAUUGAGACACAAAGCCACACUGAGGUCUUGGGCACCAUCACAGUCCCCAUGGUUGCUGGAUCAACAAUGGGAGAAGCAGCCUCCUUCGUGAGUUUCACGGCUCUCGACAGCAGCAGUCUCUCAGUGGUGGUCACCACCGAGAGCUCUGCUACCUCAGAGACUUUAACCACAGGCAAUACAACCAACAGCUCCUUCCUCACAGAGAGCCACCCUCCUUUUUCUAUCUAUUCAACUACAGCUAGCACCAGCAAAAACCCAAACAUCACCUUAACCAAGACCACAGCCUCACCAAAGCCCCCGACGCAUCCUACAACAUCUGCAUCCACUGCUUGGAUAAGGAAAACCACAAAACAUGAUCCAGGUGAAGAUGGAGGCUUCCUCCUUGUACGGCUGACCGUGGCCUCCCCUAAGGACCUCACUGAGCACAACGCCAGAGAGAAGCUGAUGAACCAGAUAGUGACUCACGAGCCAUCUGGUCCUGGACAUCUGCCCUCGAGAUGGGGAAGAAGUGGACGUCCUUCCUGGCUUCUCCACUCCUCUUCUGCCUCUCCUGCCGAGCCUGCAGGAGGAAGGCCUCCAUCACGGCGCCUAUCAGCUGGUUGUUCAGAUAGUGGAUGAGCGGGCCCCUGGGACGGUACUUGAAGUGGGAGGUGACCUUCCAGUGAUGAAUGGACUUGCUCGAGGGCUGUGCUCCGGGAGAGCUGUAUGGAAGGGGUACAGUGGGGGGUUUGAGGAGCAGGAGAGAGGGAGAGGGGAGCCAUGGGGGACAGCUUCACUUACGUUCGUAUCAGUUCCACUAAGCUGUUGGAGAAAAAAGCCCGCAUGUCCAGGUUCUCUAGUAUGUUCGCCACCUACAAUGGAGGAAGAUGGGGGAUGGGAGGAUAUAGGCCUAAUGAGGAUUAGAGAGGUCUCUCCCAAUUUUGAAUGUGGGGCCUAGAUUGCUCUUUUCAUUCCCACACCCAGGCUCAGGUCAGUGACUGACCUGGGUCCUUGCUUAAUAAAUAUUCAGUGGGUGAAGAAUGUGGCAUUCUUCCCUUCUGCCAUAAUGUUGCCAGGGGAACAUGUGAGACGAACAUCUCUGCUCCAUCUCUGAUCCCAGUCCACCCUCAUAUGUACCAAACACAAACUCUUCAGCUAAGCCCUAGAGAUGUCCAGGUGCCAGGAAUGUCACCUGUUAUAUCCAAAGAGCCUUUGGUCAAGGGCAGCAGAUGAAUGUCAUCAGACCUGAUUCGUUGGGAUUUAAUGUCUCUGGCAGUCAGGGUAUUAAUAGUAAUAAUCACUUUGAAUUAUGCCUGUUGUGUUUCAGUACUAAGUGCUUUACACUAUUAUCAUUUAAAUCUUAAUACAACCUACUGACCGGUACUACUUACUAUCGUCCACUUUUAUAUACAAAGUUGAUAUAAAUAACUUGUUUAAUUAUUGCUCCUGCUCUAGAGAGAGGCAGGGUAGAGUUUCAGGUUCCUGUGUAUAGGAGUCUAGAGGUCCUGCCAUUCACCAAUCUGGCUACUUUGCUUAAUGGGGAUAUAGACGAGGUCAUGGUAUCAGAGGGGUCCCUGUGCCCUUUGGGGAAUCAGGGAGGAGGUGACUUCUGCCAUAUAGCAGCCAGAGAGUGCGAAUCAUGAGGAGUACCCAGAGGGACAGACUGGAGUGACGUGCCACCCGAGAUUCUUCUCAGGGCAAGCUGGUGAUUCUAACACAUUCUGUGGUCUCUAAUCCUGAAGCUUCCUGGCAUCCUAGGCCCUUGAACGACCCCUGGGCAAGAGGCUCCCCCUCUUUGGGAAAUUAAGGUAGCUGAAGGAUGUGUAAGCUACUGCAAGGUCCCUGGGAGACCCUUUCAAGAUCCACUUCCCACUGGGAGCCCAGCACUGACCGAGGCGUUGACGUCAGCGGCGGAGGCAUUUUCAUCCUCCCUGAGAGAGAGCACGAUGGUCCUUAAGGGAAGCUCUGGAGAUAAAGAAGACCCAUCUCAGACCCAGAGGGUUCCCAGACUUAUCCAACUUCUAUCCUGUGCGGCUCAGAGAGACAGCUCCAUCCACCAUGGCAAGGUCACUGAAAGCCAGCGCCCCGCUGCUCCUGUGCUGGCCAGGCCGUCUGUGUAAACGUGAGCUUUUCUACCCAGCCGCUUUAUUUCCUGAAAUAACAACUCUGAGACUGAACUAUUAUCAAUAAAUUCUUAGGCCG